UGACUAAGGUAAGGGUAGUUCAAAUUUGGCGCGAAGGACACUGGCGUCUGGCGAGGAGAGCCGAGAAUUCGCGAGAACCGACGAGAAUCAGACCCGUUCUGCCGUCACCAGUGUUUUUCCGCCUGCCAAUAUCCUAUACACUCCGGGCUGAACCAGAUUGACUCGCCACUAUGUCUGGAAUUGCCAUUGCUCGUCUGGCUGAAGAGAGAAAGGCAUGGAGGAAAGAUCAUCCUUUUGGGUUCAUUGCUCGCCCUACAAAGAACCCAGAUGGCACCCUGAACCUCAUGAACUGGGAGUGUGCCAUCCCUGGCAAGAAGGGAACACCGUGGGAGAGUGGCCUGUACAGAUUGCGCAUGAUCUUCAAAGAUGAUUACCCUUCCACUCCACCCAAGUGCAAAUUUGAACCACCUCUCUUCCACCCCAAUGUUUACCCAUCAGGAACAGUGUGUCUGUCACUGCUGGAUGAAGAGAAGGACUGGAGGCCCGCCAUUACAAUCAAGCAGAUUCUUUUGGGAAUUCAGGACCUUCUCAACGAUCCCAACAUCAAGGACCCUGCACAGGCUGAGGCGUACACCAUCUACUGCCAAAACCGGUUGGAAUAUGAAAAGAGAGUACGGGCACAGGCCAAGGCAAUGUCUGCCCCUUUUGAGUAAAUCCUGGACGUAAAGUUGAAACGACGCUGACUUUGUGCUCCCCGAUUUACAUUUGCUUAUUAGGUAUAACUAAGUAGGUAGAUCUUGGGGCAACUGGAUGUUCUGUCAAGAAACUGGACAUGUUUCACUGUUGUCAUGUAACAGAUGAGCUUACAUGGUCAGACAGUGUUUGGAUACAUGAGGAUUUUAAUUUUUAUUCAUUCUAUACAUUUCUUUCCUGUGUAUGAAUCUGCCUGUGUAUUGGAAAACUUCUCAGCUUCCUGAUUUCCAGAAUCUUUCAAACGUUAUCCCUGACAGGUCAGAGUGAGAAGUGAUUUACUGUGACUUUUAUUUACUUUUUUAUGUACCUGUCCUCUAUGUUCUACUUUUGAGUCAUUAGUGGAUAUUAAUAAAGCUAUUUUUAUCAUUAUAUGCAUUCUUCCCCUGUAAUAGAAAGGAAGCUAGAAGGAAUAGUCAUACUGACCAUCAUCCUAGUUAGAACUUAAGAUCUUAUUGUUUGAUAUCUACUUGUAUUGCACAAUUCUCUGUAUGUGCGAUGUCUGUCUCCCUUCAGGAAUGUUUCCCGAGGAGCUAACCACAGCAUAAAGGCCUCGUUGUCUCUUUGUUCAAACACUUCCUCUGUGCUUGUUCAAGCUCUGCCUUCACAAGCACAUCGGAUACAUAUAUUCCUUUAUCCCAUUGUUUAGUCUUUCCUCUCCCAUUAGUACCUUCAUUUUUUACUCUCCUACAAAAUUCCUCAUUUACUCAUGUUUGCUAUUAUGAAGUCCUUUUUUGCAUUCAGACGUACCAGGUCUUGCAGUUCACCAUAAUUACCCAUAACCCAUUCCAUUAAAUCCCUUUUCUUGUAUGCACACCUGUUCCUAUUUUUCUGUUUUGGCCUGUCCUUCCAUGAGGAGAUGGUGUGUUGUCAGCCUUUCAGGAAUAUAAUUUCAUGUUCUUUGCACAGUGGCAAAAUACCUCAAAUAUUAUUGGUCACUUUAGUGCCAUUGUGCAAAGCUACAUAUUGUAGUAUAUAGUUGUUAUGGACAUACAGUAAAAUCCCUCUUAUCCGGCAUCAACGGGACCGCCGACAUGCCGGAUACUUGAAUAGAAGUGAAAUUAUGUCCACAAUCACCACCCUACACUCACUCAUCUUACUAUAACAAAGAUCAGCUGAUCUGAUCAGCUGCUUAAGUGUAAGCACAACAUGCUUCCUCUUUUCUACAACUUUAGGCAUGAUGAAGGCAUCAGGUGAUAAACAGUGUACACGGGGGACUGAGUCACUGAGUAAACACAUUGCAGUGGGCCGCAGGUGGCGUGACGCAGUGUGCUCUGGUGGCGAGGGGAUAAAGUAUGCCUCACGCGGGAAUUUUAAUCGAUUUUAUGAGUACACAUUGAUUUUUUAUUGAUUUUAAGGCUCGGGGAAAAAUGUGCCGGAUACUUGAAGCUGCCGGAUACUUGAAUGCCGGAUGAGAGGGAUUUUACUGUAAUUGGAUUCUCUUUUUGUGUGUGAGGAUGUGUUGAGGCAUUGAUAGGAGGACUACAAGUGUUGUCCUGAUGCUUCGUACACAUUCAUGUGCUAAUUAGUUGUGUGUGCACACAAAAGGAAGCUCUCAAUGGUGUAGCAGACAACUGAAGUUAUGUUAUUUGUGCUGGAACUGUUCUGGUGCUAAGUUAAGCUUUUCAUAAGUCAUCCACAUUAAUUUGCAGUAUGUAUCAGGUGGCCUUCAGUAACCUGAAGACCUGGAGAGAUUGGAGAAGUAUUAUCUCUUAUAUAUAUUGGUAUUGAAUAUCUUCUAAGAAAUGCUA